AGGUCCAGGGUGCCUAUGGUUUAUUCUCCUCUUCUCUUCUCUUCCAGCAUAUAUUUCCAGCCACCUUCUUUCUAUGUCUCUGCUCAGGACCUGCCUCACAUUGAGAAUGGUGGUGUGGCCGUCCUCACCGGGAAGAAGGUUGUUCAGCUGGAUGUGAGAGGCAACAUGGUGAAACUCAACGAUGGCUCUCAAAUCACCUAUGAGAAAUGCUUGAUUGCAACAGGAGGCACUCCAAGAAGUCUGUCUGCUAUUGAUCGGGCUGGAGCAGAGGUAAAGAGCAGAACGACACUUUUUAGAAAGAUUGGAGACUUUAGAACCUUGGAGAAGAUUUCCCGGGAAGUCAAGUCUAUCACGAUUAUCGGCGGGGGCUUCCUUGGUAGUGAGCUGGCCUGUGCCCUUGGCAGAAAGGCUCAAGUCCUGGGCACAGAAGUGAUCCAGCUCUUCCCGGAGAAAGGAAAUAUGGGAAAGGUCCUCCCUGAAUACCUCAGCAACUGGACCAUGGAAAAAGUCCGACGAGAGGGGGUGAAGGUGAUGCCCGAUGCUAUUGUGCAAUCGGUUGGAGUCAGCGGUGGCAAGUUACUCAUCAAGCUGAAAGAUGGUCGGAAGGUAGAAACUGACCACAUAGUGACAGCUGUGGGCUUAGAGCCCAAUGUUGAGUUGGCCAAGACUGGUGGACUGGAGAUAGAUUCCGAUUUUGGUGGCUUCCGGGUGAAUGCAGAGCUCCAAGCGCGCUCUAACAUCUGGGUGGCAGGAGAUGCCGCGUGCUUCUAUGAUAUAAAGUUGGGCAGGAGGCGGGUAGAGCAUCAUGAUCAUGCUGUGGUGAGCGGAAGAUUGGCUGGAGAGAAUAUGACCGGAGCUGCUAAGCCGUACUGGCAUCAGUCAAUGUUCUGGAGUGACUUAGGUCCUGAUGUUGGCUAUGAAGCUAUUGGCCUUGUGGACAGUAGUUUGCCCACAGUUGGUGUUUUUGCAAAAGCCACUGCACAAGACAACCCCAGAUCUGCCACAGAGCAGUCAGGAACUGGUAUCCGAUCAGAGAGUGAAACAGAGUUGGAGGCCUCAGACAUCGCUAUUCCUCCUGGCAACCCUGCUGUCCCGCAGGCUCCUGCCCAAGGGGAGGACUACGGCAAAGGUGUCAUCUUCUACCUCAGGGACAAAGUGGUGGUGGGGAUUGUGCUGUGGAACAUCUUCAACCGGAUGCCAAUAGCACGGAAGAUCAUUAAGGAUGGAGAGCAACAUGAAGAUCUUAAUGAAGUAGCCAAACUGUUCAACAUCCAUGAAGACUGAAGUCACCCUCCCCAACCCACUCACAACCCACCCAGUGGGAUAGACAAGCAUUGCAUUGGCCGUGACGGUGGUCUGGAUAACUAAUGGAGCAUUUCUUUUUUAUUCGGCAGACUUCCUCUGUAUGUAUGAGUGUGAAUGAGCCAGUCCUUUGUGAAUAUCUCCAAUCAUGUAGGCAGAUUCUGAAUGUGCACAUCACUGAAUAAAACCUGAUUCUUUUCAAUUAAA